AGGACGACACUGUGUUCAAUCCUUGUCUAUAUCACCGUUUCUGAUAGAACUCUGUGAAUGAGAAUUACCGAUUUUUAUUUUUACUGAGCGACCCUUGCUUUCUUUUAUUCAUUCCGUUCCGAUUGUCUACACGCGGAUCGCAUCCGGGACUACAGGCUGUCAUCAUGAGCAGGUUGAUCUCUCAGAACUAUGCCGCAGUGGUAGUCGGAGCUGGCCCAGCAGGUGUCGCAGCACUCGGAAAUCUCCUAGAAUUAGGGCUAACCAGGAUCGCCUGGGUAGACCCUGUAUUCGACGGUGGACGAGUGAAUAGUAAAUAUCGCGAGGUUCCCAGUAACACCAAAGUCUCCUUUUUCCGCUCAUACGCCACAGGCGUCCAACCACUGCGCAACAUAGUGUCAACCACCAAAACACCCAAUGCGUUCUCGGUCAUGAAUAAACUGGAUCAAGACGAGACGUGCUCUCUACACCAUGCGGCGGACAUGGUCAAGGACCUUACGGCGGGACUAUUGAAAAUGAGACAAGUCUCUCCGUUUCGCGGCGAAGUGACAAGUGCAAAUUUUGAAGAUCAGAAAUCAAGAUGGACUAUCCGAAUCAAAUCCACAGACCCAUUCUCUAAUAUCGAAGUAUCAGCUCCCCGCCUGAUCCUCUGCACAGGCUCAUCACCAAAAUCCCUCCCAGCACCCACACCAGGUGCUGCAGGAUCAACCCCGACCCUCAAAGAACUCAAUCUCGACACAGUCCUCAAACCAAGCAUUCUCUCCGACGUACUACCGCGAGACAUCCCAACCACAAUCGCCGUAAUCGGCGGAUCCCACAGCGCAAUCCUAGCAAUCAUGAACCUAGUCGAUCUCGCUCAAACCAGCCACCCCAGUAUUCGCCUCAAAUGGUUUACUCGUAAUCCACUCAAAUAUGCCGUCUUUAUGGAAGGUGGGUGGAUCUUGUACGACAACACAGGGUUAAAAGGCCAAGCAGCCCAAUUUGCGCGUGAGCAACUCGAGGAUUCCCGCCUGGAGACUUCGGUAGCUGGUAGAUUUAUUGAGAAGAUUGAUACGAGUGACAAGACGAGGGAAGAUGCGCUUUAUCAGACUCAUUUGCCUGAAUGUUCCCAUGUAGUAUAUGCGAUAGGAUAUGAGCGGAACGCUUUACCUGAACUCAGUCGAAAUGGUCGGCCGCUCGUCUCUCGUCAACAAGACCUGAAAUGGGAGUCGGAAUUCGGGGGGUUUCUGGAUGAUCGGGGAGAGGUUAUUCCCGGCUUACAUGGUGCUGGAAUUGCAUUCCCGGAGACGGUGGUUGAUCCUAAGGGUAACGUUGAGCAGGCGGUUGGAUUUUUUAAGUUUAUGAAGUUUUUGAAGAGGGUUACGCCCUUGUGGGUUUGAUUUUUUGCUUCAUUCUUAAUGAACCCUGCUGGUGGUAUUGGUCCAGAUGAUAUGCUUAGAACUAUUCUUAAUUUCGAUAGGAGUACUGACGGUUCAGGAUUAACAAUGAAAUGUAUUCGAUUGCUAAUCUGAAACAAAACUUCUAACAAACAGAAGAAAUAUGCUAAUUUAACGAUUGUCGUAAGAUCUCGAUAGUCAACAAAACAUACCAAACUUCCUGGCACGAAAGAGUACCUACAUGAACAAAAAGGAAAUCUUAACGAUAGUCUUCCCAUUUUACCAAUUCAACUCAAUCAACUCUCCACUUCAACCUUCCUUUUCACAAUCUUCCUCGCCAACCCAAACGCAGACGCCCAAGUCAUCGACUUCCGUAACUGACCAGGUUUAUGGCUAAUAUUACUGGAAUGUGGCUCCUCACCAGCAACACUGCCGUCAGUCGCACUCGCAGCCGUAUCAGUACCAGCAGAUGAAGCAGCAACACCAGCAUGAUACGAAGCCAUCAUCCGUUUCGCCGUGACGCUGUUUGAUUGCACGAGAGCCGCCAUUUGACCCAUCAUUGUGGGAUGUUCGAUUAGAUCGUCCAGUCGGACUGUGAAGUCUUCUUGUUCGAGGAGCCAAGCUACUUGCGCGAGCCCGAUGAGGUCGCCGCCGAGAUCGAAGAAGGAUGAGUCUGGUUUGAGAGGUGGUGGGACGUUGCUGGUGUCUUUUUCAUUGGCUUGGUUGGUAUCGCUGAGGACUUGCUCCCAUGCUCGCCGGAGAACGUCUGAUAGGACCAGAAUUUCGGCUCGAGUGAGGUUGGCUAGUUGGGAGGAUUGGAGUGAGUUGUCUUCCACUUGUUUCUUAAUGUCCCCUUGAGGCAGCUGGCUGUCAGACUUCGCAUCUCGAAUUGGAAGUGCACAAAGAGAAGUAGGCGAUGGAAGUGCCAUAUCAGGAUUUGCAGUAAAACUCUCUGCAGUAUCGCAGAGCAUAUCCAAGACUCUUUGAGCAAGUGGCAUAGUGACAUGUUCAUCCACAGAGAACGAAAGAAUAAUCUCGACACGAUCCCGGUCCAACGAUUUCGAAUUGACUGAGAAAUCAGACAUUUCUUCGUCGCUACCGACAGCCUUGACAGUGUAAAUGUUUUCUCCGAGUUGAAUCUCAUUUGACGAGUUGGCAGCAUCAUGCUGCAACACUGUACUAAAAUUAGUUGAGCGAGGCCAGUCAGUGCAUUUGUGGAUGAUUUGUCUGAAUCCAAGUGCUUCAUAUGGCAUGUUGGCGACUUGCUGAUCUUGAAUGUAUCGGAGAAGAUCAAGUACUGUCCAUUUCUCGGCAAACAGAACCCGGACCGGAACGAUAUUCAUGCAUGGUCCAACCAUAGAUUCAACGCCUGUGAUAGCUGCGGUGUUUCGGCCGCUGAUUGUAUGUCCGAAAACAAUGUCUGCACUUCCCGUAAUUCGUGCUAGAGUCAAUGCCCAAGCAGCUUUGAUGACUGUCGCGGUAGUGAUGUUUCCAUGAGCCAUGGACGGAACCCUUAUAGUCUUUCGUAAACCUUCAUUGCUGGCCCGAAGUCUCCUGUAUCCGAGGUUCUCAUGUCGAUUAACAAUCUCCGUCAUCCUUGAUCCAUUCAACAAAUUCCUCCAAUGUUGAUAAUGAUCUGUCGUCACGAUUCUUGCCGACUCACGCACAAAGUUGGCAAAAGAUGCUGGUGAAGGAAUGGGUCCACCUUCAUAGCCUGCUUUGAUGGCAGACAGUAUUCUAGGAAGCGACACACCAUCGUACUGCGCGUGAGAAAGUCGAAGGAUAAUGCGAUGUCUGUCCGUAUUCUUCUCCCGCACAAUCACAAACUGUACAAAUGGCUCACCCUGUUUAACUCCUUCGGUGAUGUCUCGCUGUUGUAAGACAGAGGUAAACUCAUCGAGGCUUUCAUCAGUCUCGUAUACAGAAAACUCCGGUCGAACUUUACGGAGUAUGACCUGCAAAAA